AUGCGGAUCCACAAGGAGGAGCGGAAGUACCUCUGCCCUGACUGCGGCUACAAGUGCAAGUGGGUGAACCAGCUCAAGUACCACAUGACAAAGCACACAGGCCUGAAGCCGUACCGCUGCGACGAGUGCGAGUACCGCACCAACCGGGCAGACGCCCUGCGGGUGCACAGGGAGACGCGGCACCGGGAGGCCCGCUCCUUCAUCUGCGAGCAGUGUGGCAAGGCCUUCAAGACCCGCUUUCUCCUCAAGACCCACCUGAAGAAGCACAGCGAGGAGAAGCCCUACGUCUGCAACGCCUGCGGGCGGGCUUUCCGCUGGGCGGCCGGCCUGCGCCACCAUUACCUGACCCACACCAACGAGCACCCCUUCUUCUGCCGCUACUGCCCCUACAAGGCCAAGCAGAAGUUCCAGGUCAUCAAACACAUCCAGCGGCAUCACCCCGAGUGCGGAGCCAGCGACCCCAGCCAGGGGGUGGGCAAGGACCCUGGCACGCCUCCUGUCCACCUCCAGGCCGUGCAGAGGGAGAGCCAGGCUCAGGGGCACCCCGGAGCGGGGCAGGAAGGAGAGCACCCCACAGAGAAGGAUGGUGCUUCCCAGUGA